AUGACGAUCACCUUACAAGAUGUGGCAGGCAUCUUGGGCUUGCCGACCGACGGUACUGUCGUCAUCGGAUCGACCUCUGAGGAUUGGCACGCUGCUUGUGCUGCUGUUUUUGGACAUGUUCCAGAGGCCGGUGAGUUCCAUCAUUCCGGCGACCUCCGCAUCUCAUUCUUGGAUCGGCAUUAUACCCGGUGGACUGAUCAUGAGGGGAAUCAUGCUGCCGAGAUCUACUUCACAAAAGCCCACAUUGCCCGGAUGUUGGGGACUUGGUUGCUGGCGGACAAGUCUGGAGGUAGCAAUUUUGGUUGCCGGCUUGUCCCGUUGCUAGGUGGAGGAUUUGAGGACAUUGGCCGAUUCAGCUGGGGAUCUGCAGUUUUGACACACUUGUUCAGGAAUUUGUGUGAAGUGACAGAUGCCCGUCGAAGCGACAUGGGUGGUUGCCAUAUUCUCCUUCAAAUUUGGGCAUGGAUACGAUUCCCACCCAUUGCUCCACCCCUUCCUCCUCAUCCAGAGCCGGGCACACAUUAUGGAUGCCGGUUUAAUGUUGUACAAAAGUUUAAACCUCAUGAGGUCACCCAUUAUCGGGCAACAUUGGACACACUCUGUAGAGAUGAGUUCGGUCUUAAUCAACCCAUCCCGGAAAAAUCUAGAAAAUUGAGAGGAAUACAUGAUCAUACUCUACGGGGGAAGGUUGAAGAGAAUUGGAGACGUAAGCUCAGGGUUCAUAUUGAUCGAUGGAAUACCAGGAUUCAGCAUAUUGUACUGCCACCUCCAUUAUAUGGUUUGAUGUCACCUAAUCAUGCGUACAUGGAGUGGUACAGAGAGAGGGGAAAGCGCUACAUAUCUCGGAGGGCAGCAAAGAUAGGGCGCAUGAUUGACGGUCUUGAAAUGCUUUAUCAUGGAACAACGGCGGAGGAGUUUCCUCGAUUUGGACUACAAUAUAUCCACGAGGAGAUAGGCCGGAUUAUUGGGAUGUUUCAUGAGAGUUCACGAGUUGAUGAGCUUGGACUUGAGGCACCCCCCGUGCAGACUCAGCUUGAUCCUCAGUUGAUCGUGGAUGUUCCUCGUAAUAGACGGGAGGGACGCGGAUUAGGACGUACACGUGAGAGAGUUGCUGCUGAGCCUGUCCCGAUUAUGGCACCUAGACCAGUGGUCGAGACUCAGGGAUGGUUUAGACCUCCAGCAUUUGGUCCUACUUACAGGUCACAGCCGAUUUAUCAUCACGGAUCGCAGUAUGCGGCAGGUCCUAGUCAGGCGGCGUCUGAGCACCCUUCUUGUGGAAUACCAAACGGAGCAGACGCAACGUCAUUCAACUGCGGCAUUUGCGCGACGACUGGUUGA